AUGGACUCAAACGGCUUCCGUACAGCACUUGAUGCCGCCACUAGCUUCCUAGAUACGCCAGUCGUCACGGUGUCUGUCGGUUCUGAGGUGGAGAACACAAAAGACUUCAGCGUCCACGAAGGUCUGCUCAAAGACCAUUCUGCAUUCUUCAACAACGGCCUAAAACCGAAUCGUUUCAAAGAAGGCUUUGAGCGCCGAAUAUCCAUGCCAGGGGACGAUUCCAAAGUCUUUGCGCUUUACGUUCAGCUACUCUAUCGUCCCGACCUGUUAUCCACCGAAAUAAAACGAAACAGCGAGCUCUCUGAGCAAGAGUGUAUUCUCUUAGCUGAGCUAUACGUGUUCGUGGAAAUGAUAAUGGACGAGUCUACCAAAAACAUCUUGUUAGAGGCCUUUAAGAUUUUCUCAUGGGAAAGGCCGUUUCCCGUUGCAGCAGCACAAAUCAUUUACAGUGGGACACCAGAACACGACCCUGCUCGUGCCAUAUUUGUACAAUCAUUAUUCCGCUACGGCCAACAACGAUCGCUUGAAAGUAUCCUCGAUACUGGACAUCCCGAUCUCUUUCGCGAUCUCGCUUUCUGCUUGACGUACGCUGAUCAGCUUCGCGAACAGGAACUUUUCUCAGCGCUGAAACCCCAAAUCACUAGUCUUUCCAGCCCACUCUACGGUACACGUUCCGAAGAUGCAUCAAAGGUCUACGAUGUGGUUUCUUACAGCAUGCCUUCCGACAAUGACAAUGUCGAAGAGCAACCAUCACAGCUAAGUUUCAGUGUAGCAAUAAUCCUCUACACAGGGCCUCCAGCAUCACCCUUCACAUCUUGGACAUUGAUCAGGCAUGUGGAGAACCAACCCGAUAUGAUCACUGGGGCAAAUCGUUUGUUGGCAGAUUUGAGGAGGGGCAUGGGUGGAGUUGUUGGUGUUUGUAUGCAGACGGGUAACUGGACGACAAUACAUGGGAGAAUUCCCAAUAUUGUUCCGGGAGUGGGCGAAGUAAAGCUAAAGAAGUGCGAGAAUGAAGAGGAAUACGAGGAAGAUCAGGACAGUAUCGAACAGGACAACGAAGACGGUAAGAGAGACGAUGAGAGCGACGAAUUGGAGGACACCGGCAAGGGCGGCUGGAGCCCGCGAUUGGAGUCUAUCACAGAAGAAAUAUAG